AUGGCCGAACUCCUAGGAACCGCCGCCAGCGUGAUCGCGGUCAUCCAGCUCACCGCGGCCGUGGCCGAGCUGAGUUACAAGUACAUUAGCGGCGUCGCGCGCGCGCCCUCAGAGCUCCAGCGCUUCAUGAACGAGCUGAAAGCGUUCACUGCGGUGCUGUCGAGGCUGCAGAUGUUCGCGCUGGAUAACCCGGAUAUCGAAGACUCGUGGGGGCUUGGCACGGAGCUGCGCAGAUGCGUGGAGGAGUUGAAGGAUGUCAGGGAGAGGCUGGAGCCGAAGAGGGGUUGGUGGGGGGCGGCCUUGGGAAGGUUGCAGUGGCCGCUGGGGGAGAGGGAGACUCUGGAUUAUGUUUGGAAGAUGGAGAGGCUGAAGAGCCAUUUUACGCUGGCUAUGACGGUCGAGAAUAGGGCAUGCUCAAAAGUGAUUGAUAAGAACGUGCAGGAUAUAAAACGAGAUCUCUACUCGCAUACUUCCGAAAUGAAAACCCAGCAGAUUAGUAAUUCAAAUCGGACAAACGUGUUGAACUGGCUAUAUCCUCGUCCAUAUGAUGAAAAACACAGAGAGAUUAGUGGGAGAAGACAAAAGAACACUGGGAAAUGGAUCUUAGAAUUACAGAAGGUGCAGGAUUGGCUCGACCCGGAUAACACAGGCUCUCGGCUUCUUUGGGCGUACGGGAUACCCGGUGCUGGAAAGACGUUUCUAAGUUCUUUCAUAAUCGAUCACCUCCGGGCACAAAACCAGGCCUCGGUUUAUAUCUACUUCAACCACAAAGAACAAGACCAGCAAAAACCUAUCGAUGUCCUCUCUAGUUUUCUGAAACAGCUGUCAUGCCAAAGUCCCAGCUUGCCAAAGGCAGUCAGGGACUUGCACAAUGUAAUGGAUAGCAAGCAGGAAAGGCCCACUCUCGAUGACCUCUAUACUGCUUUCAUUCGCGUCGCAAGCUCUUUUUCUCAGACUUUCGUCGUCUGCGAUGCGCUGGAUGAGUGUGAUUUCGAGACUCAACGAAAGGAUUUACUUCCUCUAUUCCAUAGAAUGGAAAAUGACGGCAUAAGAUUGUUCUUGACUAGUCGAGAACAUCCGGAGGAUAUUCAGGACUCCUUCCAAAGCUCACCAAAGGUCGAGCUUUCGGCAAGAAAUGAGGAUAUCAAGAUCUACAUAGAGCAAAAGAUAGAAGAAAACCCACGGGCACGGCGUCUGAUCUCACAAGGCAACUGUAAGGACCAGAUUAUCGAACAAUUGCAACAGUGCGCCAAUGGAAUGUUUUUAUUAGUCUGCGACGAGACACUGCUGGCAGACACCCUCUUUCGGUUUCUUUCCAGUCCCGGAAAUAUCCAGUCGUAUCUAGAUACCUUGGAGGUAGUCCAGUCGUAUCUAGAUACCUCGGGGGUAAUCCAUCGAGCCCGCGGCCCCGCGCAGAAAUCCACCAGCACCGGCCCGUUGCAGCUUGCGACUAUAUUGGGAUCAAAGCUCGUGGUCCAAAUGCUACUCGAUGGAGGAGCUGAUAUCGAGCACAGAGAUUCCUCGGGGAGAACUUGUCUUCAUUAUUCAGUACUUGUGGGAUGCUCCGGGAACACUACUGUAAAAACCCCAUUUGAAUUUACAGAUUUCGAUCUCUGGUACUCAAGAAGAGACUGUGCUCUGUUUACCGCUUGUAUACAAGGGCUGUCACCCCUUAGUUUAGCGGUCCUUGGGAAACAAGAGCCUAUUACAUCACUACUCAUUGAAAGGGGCGCCAGCAUAUCAGCAGCCGACAAUCUUGGUCGGACACCUUUAUAUCUCUCCGUAACCCUAGAAAACGAAUCAAUAACACAGAUACUCCUCAAGGGAGGCGCCGAUGCAUCAGCAAUAUGUGGAGAGGGGGGCAAGACACCCCACAUCUCGAGGAAUCCACAGAGAGAAUCAACAACGCCCAUCAAGAAAACCAUAGUAGGGGUGUUAACAGUCGGGCCACAAGGAAAGACGCCACUCCAUAUCUCAGUAGAACUGGGCAACAGACCGAUAACCAAACUACUGCUCGAGAAAGGCGCAAACCCGGAAGUGGCCGAUAAUCUAGGUCGAACACCUCUUUGCGUGUCAUCGGGAGCAGACGAGAAUUCAAUAACCCGACUCCUUCUUGAGAAAGGAGCCGAGGCGACUGUAGAUCUUGUGAUACCCGGGCCAAGACGUCAAAAUUCGGAGAUCGAGCGAGGCGCCAAUGCCUCAGAAGCCGGACUAUUCAGACGAACACCUCUCCAUAUCGCUGUGAGAAGAGGGAAAGAAGCGAUAACCAAAAUACUUCUCGAGAAAGGCGCCGACACGUCCGCAGCCGACGACGACGGACAGACCCCACUCCAUCUUUCCGCCGAGGGCUACAAUUUAGCGAUUACUCGACUCCUCCUCGACAACGGCGCAGACAUGUCAAUAGUCGAUCACAAUGGAAACACACCACUCCAUGUGGCGUGUAGCCGUCAAUCUCUGGAUCGCCACAUAAAUAAUGGUAGAAUUCUAGAAAUAGUCUCGUUGAUGCUUGAGCGAGGAGUCGAUGUUACAGCUACGGACGGUGAAGGAAGGACUCCACUUGAGCUUACGACUUGUCAUCAUAAUCCCGAGCUAGCAAGUCUGUUGGGAACUGUGGCCGUGAAAUCACGGGAUGAUGGUGUGGAGGGUUUCGAACGCAUCUGUAUGAGCGUUGGGAGAGAAAUACCGGUACUUGUAGUUUCAUAA